AUGGAAACUAAAGGAAUUCUUCUAAUCGCAUGUCUUGCCGUUCUUUUGCCCAAUGCUGGCGGCAAUAGCAGUAAAAAGAAUUCGACGAGUAUGUGUGGUAACGGAAGCAAACCUGCAACCUCGGCGUUAGACAAAAGCGAAUUAUUUAUUAAAAAAUGGGCUGAAGCGAUCGGCUCCGAAGAGAGUGAAACCACAAAAGCUUUGUGCAGUAAAACUACGGAUCAACUCAUUCAAUACUAUGGCUACCAAUCAGAGGUGCAUCAUGUUACAACGAUAGAUGGUUACAUUUUAACAGUAUUCCGUUGCAAUUCAAAAAAAGCAUUUUCGGGUAAAAAGAAGGCUGUGAUAUUGCAGCAUGGCCUUUUAAGCUCAUCAGAUGAUUUCACCGUAAACAUUCCAAGCCAAUCAUUGUCAUACGUUCUCGCAGAUCACGGCUAUGACGUGUGGAUACCAAAUAGUAGAGGGAAUUUCUAUUCAAAGCGACAUGAGGAGUUAGAAACAAGCAAUUGGCAAUUUUGGGAUUUUUCCUGGUAUCAGCUGGCUAUCCACGAUUAUCCCGCUGUUAUUGACUACGUACGACAUGAAACGGGCAAUUCGAAAGUUUUUAUCGUGGCACAUUCACAAGGCUCCACCACUUUAAUGACCUUGCUCUCUCAGCUGCCCGAAUACAAUCAAUACGUGGCCGCGGUGAGUCUUCUGGCACCGGUCGGCUACUUGGGCAACUCUGGAACAUUAUUACAAGCUCUCAGUAAAACUCUCCCGUUGGUAAUGCCGUGUAGAUAUAUGGAGCUUUUACCAAGAACUGUAGCUAAAAUAGCCACGACAAUUUGCUCGAUAAAUUCCCUCGAUGUUUCUAAGUUUGUUAUUGAUGUAUUAUUCGGUCAAAGUGAAAAUCAGAGGAACGAGACGAUGAUGCCUUCAUUUCUCUGCCAUAAACCAAGCGGUGCUUCAACUAUGCAACUCAUCCAUUUCGGUCAAGAGAUAAAAUAUGGAUACUUUGGCAAAUACAUGAACGACUCGAAAGUUCCUGAUAAUUUUGAUCUUUCGCGCAUUAAUGUGCCAAUGAGUCUUCACUACUCACCAAUCGAUACAUUCACCAAUCCAAAGGACAUAAAACGUUUGGUCCAUGAGCUGAAUCAUACUCUGGCGUUUGUACAAACAGUCGAAUCGUUCAAUCAUGUGGAUUUCAUCUGGGGCAUAAACGCUUCUCCUAUCAUUUAUUACAAAAUUCUAGAGUUUUUCACGAAAUAUUGAUAGAUAUCAAAUUUUUUUACAAUUAAAAAACAUUCGUAUAUCGUAAAUGUUAUUAAAAUGUAAUCAACCAUUUGGUAUGUGACUGUGGUCACUGCACGCCUCGAUCUAAGCAGAAAAUAAAAACCAAACUAUUUUUGUAUUAAAAAAAC